UAUGUUAAUUAUAAAUAAUAACGCUAUCUAGACUGUUUCAAACAUUAUGGGAGGUAUAGCUGUAAAAUGUGACUUAAAAAUUUGACUUUAUGAGUUGUGUGAGUUUUUGGACUUGAAAAAGUGAAAGCAAUUGGUAAUAAUUCCAAGGUGGUGCUUCGAACAUGUUACGCCAAAAAGCUAAAAUAUAGGUCAGGUCGAAGGUGCCGUACUCCGUAGGAACAAAGAUAAUAUGAGUAGCAACCAUUUAAGUACAAGUAUAUAAUGAUGGAAGAAAAGCAGCAAAGCCCGACUGGUGAGGACGAUUUUUUGUACGAGUUUGUUAAGUGUGACAUCGGUGAUCUCGUUACGUCAAUCCUUGAUGAUAUAAAGGGAGGAGGUAAAGAGAUUGCCGAUGAUGAGAGCAAGACGACAGAAGACAAGCCUCCAGCUGAAGAUUCAAAACAAAUACAGGAUGUCGCCAAUCAGAUUAGAUUGGUCGAAAAGAAACAGAAGGAAAUCAAUAAGAUAUUUCAGGAAUGCCAGGACCAGUUAGAUAAAUACAAAGAGGACCUUGAUAAAGAAACUGAUGAGGAGGAAGUGCGAUACAAGGAAGUUCAGCUGGCAGUGGCCGACACCCUAGAGGCAGAGAUGAAGCAAAAACAGCAAGAAGCACUGGGAAUCGAUGACAGCGAUGAUGAUAUUCAAAUUCUCGGAUCAACCUUUGACCCAACAAUUGUGGAAAAGAGGAAACAGAUAGUACAGCAGCACAUUGCUUCACGACCCCCACAGAAACUACAAAUGAAGACAGCUGUGGCUACUUUGACGACAUCGGCACAGACAACUACCCCAGUGAUUAACACUAUUGAACACGGCCAAGCUCAGACCAGUCAGGGAUGUACCACAGUGGAACAUCUUAGAAGUAUCUUAGCACAAACCAUCCACAGGCAGAUGGCCAGUCCAGGCAGUCAGCCAGCCGAGUUUUUAUACAGCACAAUACCUCAGUAUCCUGGAACACAGAAAGGUGCAGUUUCACAAAGUCCUCAGGCUCGUACAGUUACUAUAGAACAGCUGUAUAGUUGGCCAGAUAUUGAUGUUGGUUCCCCGGUUCUCGGCAAAAAGACGAACGAGAUCUGGUAUUCAGGCAUUGUGAAUGACAUUCCGAACAAAGAUGGCCCACUUAAAGAGAGGAAGUUCCGAGUGAAGUUUGAUGGUAAAGGUCAGAAGUACUUGUCGGGUCUGUUUAUCGCCUACAGAGAGCCCAUUAAAGUUCUUCUCAAAGUUGGAUCUCGGUGUGUAGCUCUGUACCGGGACGAAGAGUCUGAUGGUUCUGGUAAUGCGUUCUAUGCUGGUAUUGUGGCCGAGGCUCCCAGUGUCAAGAAUCAGAAGAGAUAUCUGGUGUUUUUUGAUGAUGGUUAUGCUCAGUACAGUGAAUCUAAGGAUAUUCACAAAGUCUAUCUACAAAGUGAGAAUGUUUGGGAUGAUAUUCAUCCUGAUUCACAAGAAUUUAUCAAAGAAUACCUCAAACAGUAUCCUGAGAGACCCAUGGUACGUUUAAUGAAGGGACAGGUGGUUAGAACAGAGUGGAAUGGAAGAUGGUGGACAGCUAAAGUGAUGGAGGUCGAUGCUAGUUUGGUGAAGAUGUUUUUCCAGGCAGACAAGCGGACAGAGUGGAUAUACAGGGGAUCCACCAGACUGGAACCACUCUUUAAAGCCUUGGCCAAUGCUGAGGCCAUCCGGGUAGCCGGUACUGGUGGGCGACGUCACCUGCACAACGUCGACAUCAAGGCCAACAAGAAGCCACUGGUGGAGUACACACGAGGCACGUCCGAGGACACUUCCGGCAGUCCAGUCUCACUCCCUCCUCCGCCGGGCAAAGAUGCUAAGAAGCGAUCGGUCGCCAAGAAGAGUACCGGGGGUCCGCGUUCUGCCGAGAGGCACAGUCCGAGUCAACAAACGUGGGAAGCGCCGUGGGUCAAGGCUGCACAGAAACGGCAGGCGACGGUUUUGUCAACACCAUCUCCGGGUCCGGAUGUUAAGGAUACAGCUGCUGCUAAAGAUCAGUUUCCCGUCAGUGUAAGUACGAAUAAGGUGAUAGGACGGGACAUGGCCAGUGUCUUACAAGAACGACUGGCCACAGUUGAAACUGAUGGUGACGUUAUUGGUAAGACUGCAAAUGUGGAAGGAAUGGGAAAAAGGCUUGAUACUGUAAUUGAAGUGAACGACAAAAACAGAGUUACUUUUGUCUCACAUAUCUGUGGUUGUGACUGUUUGAAAGAUAAGGAAGAGGACCCACUAAAAUUCAAAGGGAAAAACCCACUACGCAAGCCCAUGUUGUGUGGAUGGGAGAGGCAUAUAUGUAAGAUGAGAAACCGUCGUACUGUGAUGUAUCGCACACCUUGUGGUCGUCGACUGAGAACUAUAGAAGAGUGCAACCAUUAUCUCCUGAUUACCGACUCAAACCUUACCAUCGACAUGUUCUGCUACGAUCCCUGCCUACACACACACACAGAGUUUGUUCCUAUGAAGACAUUUUGUGAUAUAAAAGAUUUGUCCUAUGGUAAAGAGAACGUUCCGAUUUCCUGUGUGAAUGGAGUCAAUCGAGAAUAUCCCGACUAUGUUGAGUACUCCAAUGUUCGGAUGCCAGCUAAAGGCGUGAAGAUUAACCUGGACGGUGACUUUCUCAUGUGCUGUGACUGCACAGAUAACUGUCGGGACCGGACUAAGUGUCAGUGUAUUCAGAUGACCAUACAGCAGGCCAAGUCUCUGAUCGACCAGGACACUAUAGGAUAUGAGAAUCGCAGACUGAACGAGCCAGUAUUUACUGGUAUUUACGAGUGUAACCAGCGAUGUGCGUGUGACCACCGUUGUGUGAACAAGGUCGCUCAGAACGGACUCUGGAUCAGACUGCAGUGCUUUAAAACAGAGAAGAAGGGUUGGGGGUUACGAUGUCUUGAUGACGUUCCUAGUGGAUCAUUCCUUUGUAUAUAUGCUGGUCAGCUGCUGACCGAGAAAGGUGCUAAUGAGGAUGGUAAACAAUAUGGAGAUGAAUACUUGGCUGAGUUGGACUUCAUCGAGGUGGUGGAACGCCAGAAAGAGGGAUAUGAAAGUGAGGCCAUUGAACCGGAACACCGCAGCAGUUCGGACGAGGAGGACGAAGAUUCAGAGAAAGAAGUAGAACAAAGCUCGGACAGUGACUUUUCUUUGAAAAAAACAAACCGUACAGAGAAAGGUUCUGUUGAACCAAAGCGCCAUGAUACGAGACGAAGGUCGACGAAGAGUACGAAAUCAUCAGAUAAUAAGACGGAUGGCGAGAAGAAGCUGAAGAAAAUUGUCAUAAAGCGAGACUCGACAACUGGCGACAACAAAGAAUGGCGAGUCAUGUCAGAAAAGAAGACCGCUGAUUGGGUGGAGAGCAUAGUGAAGGAGCCAAUCGUGAUAGACGAGGAAGAUGAUGAGAAUUUGAACACGACGUCUGCUCACAAGGAGAAGAAGGAAAACAUCUUCUCAAGGAUAGAAUCAAAAGGGCCGUCCGCCAUGGAGGUUGAUGAACUUCCUGAUCUCGACCCCCCGGAACCUCCACCUCCCCCACCUCCCCCACCUCCCCCAACUAUCUUACAGACUGAAGAGAAACACAGGAAAAGACAUACUAGUGCGGAAUCUGGGAAGACACCUAGUGCCAUCAUUAAGAAGUUUGACAUCACAGUAGAUACAGAUACUGAUGAGGAGAAACCUAAAAUUGGGCGCAAACUGACAGCAAGAAAGAGUUUGGGUGGAUCACUAUGGAAGAACCUUCCCAACCCUCGGGGUGUUGAUGAGAAAUCGUCUCGCAAAAAACCUAAGGAGAAUGAAGAGGAGGGAGAUAAACGGCCAGGCACGCGGUACUAUUUCAAAGACGGACAGUCUUGUUACAUCAUGGAUGCCAAGUCCAUGGGAAAUAUUGGCAGAUACCUCAAUCAUAGCUGCUCCCCGAAUGUGUUUGUGCAGAACAUAUUUGUCGAUACUCAUGAUCUCCGGUUCCCUUGGGUAGCUUUCUUUGCUGGAGAGUAUAUCCGUGCUGGUACUGAGAUGACUUGGGACUACAACUACGAAGUUGGCAGUGUGCCAGACAAAGUGUUGUAUUGCUAUUGUGGAUCUCCUCAGUGCCGAGGUCGACUUCUAUAAAUGUGAAACUCUGUUAACACACAGGUUGACUUCUAUAAAUGAAAAACUGUUAACACGCAGGUUGACUUCUAUAAAUGUGAAACUCUGUUAACACGCAGGUUGACUUCUAUAAAUGUAAAACACUGUCAACACUCAGGUCGACUUCUGUAACUGAAACUGUCAACAUACUUCUAUAAAUGUGAUACUGUUAACACAGGUCGACAUCUAUAAAUGUGAAACUAUCAGCACAGGUUGACAUCUAUAAAUGUGAAACUAUCAGAACACAGGUCGACAUCUAUAAAUGUGAAACUCUGUCAACACACAGGUCGACUUCUAUAACUGAAACUGUCAACACACAGGUUGACUUCUAUAAAUGUGAAACUGUCAACACACAGGUCGACUUCUAUAAAUGUGAAACUAUAAAAAAACCAGGUCGACAUCUAUAAAUGUGAAACUCUUAUCAACGCACAGAUCAACUUCUAUAACUGAAUCUGUCAAAACAGGUUGACUUCAAUAAAUGUGAAAUUAUUAA